UGUCAUGGCCGGUCCUUAGACCAUCGGUCAUGGCGUGUGAUCCGCGACGCGUUACGAACGCUCCUCGGUAAAAUUAACCGUAACUCAGUGUCAUGUCGUCGCUCCGAUUUCUUUCGAGUUUUUCCAUGCGAUUUGGCCAGUGGUGAAUCCAAUUGACUGCCGAGGUUCGAAAAAUUCACGUGUCAGCCGAGUUCAGGUCCCCUCUUGAGGAACGAAGUACGUCUGCUCCAGGAAAACGUAGACGUUCUCGGAUGUCAGGAUGGUCAGGUUAACGGAGGAAAUGGUCGUCGCGAGGACGCGAAUGUCCGACUUCGCUAACGUUAAGAAACUCAACUGCUGGGGCACCGAAUUGACAGAUGUCAGUAUACUUCGAAAGAUGCAGAACGUCGAGGUUUUGUCUCUGAGCGUCAACAAUAUAAACACUUUGGCAGAUUUCCAGUAUUGUAUGAACCUUCAGGACCUCUUUAUAAGGAAGAACAACAUCACGGAUUUGAAUGAAGUGUGCUACUUGCAGAACCUAUCAAACCUUCGGAACCUGUGGCUUGGUGAAAACCCUUGCGCAGAAAGAGAAGGGUAUCGGUUAGCAGUACUUCGAGCGCUACCAAAUCUGGAGAAGCUGGAUGACAAAAUAGUUUCCGCAGAGGAGGUACAAACUGCCUUGGCAAGAGGAAGAAUUCUGGUACAUCCUCUGGAUAUGGAUGCAUCUCCUCCACAAUCUGAUCCAAUCAGUCCGGAGGAUGUCGUACCUGAAUACAUUGAAGAGACUGAUACUGACCGGCAGAGGAGGUACAGUUCAUCGAGUGAUCAGAGAAGUUACGAAGAACCACAACAUGCUCCAGAGGAGUACCAAGAUAAUGAUCGAAGAAAUGCUAAUUACAAUACUUCUCCGCCUCAUCGAUACGCACAAAGCCAAUACCCUUACGAGCUACAGAAUGGCCGAUCAGGAACAAAGAGUCAGAACAAAGAUGAAGCUCCAUCUGUGGAGUCACGUGGCAUCGGUGAGACUACAGCAGCAAGAGUGAUCGAGGUGGCGAAGGAUUACGAGGAGCGACCAGCAGCACCAAGGCACAACGGAGACUACGAGGAGCGUCGAGCCUACUCUGAUUAUGGAAACAAUGACUCCGGGCAAAGAUCUUAUGUAACUGCUUCGCCAAGAACGCAGUACCCUGCAGAAUAUCCUGAGGAAAGGCGAAUAGAAAGAGCCAGUUAUGAUUAUGACGAUCGAAGGCCUCCGGACUACGAAGAGCCACAACCUCCGAUGCAGGCAAGACGAAGCGCUUCGCAGCAGAACAUCGAUAGGGUCAGGAAAGACUCUAUAUCCCUCAGAUGUGAUGAGUCCAGUCAGUUGCAAGGAUGGGUCCGACAGACAGAUAAGGACAAGUGCAGAUUUCACUAUCAACGACGACCUGUGACCAGGAAUUCAAAUAUUCUCUCGGCAGUGUUGUGCCUGGUGAAAGAGCUCGAUUAUCCGAGUCUGGAGGUUGUCGAGAUGGCGGUCAGGAACCGCAUGGACGAACUAGAGGAAUGAUGUUUCUGACACCGCCCCCCGGCGAGCCAGGAGGCGGUGCAAUAUCCCGGAGGAGUAGUUGCUGAUUCCGGGGCCCCGAGUCCAGAAUUUUCCGAUUCCUUGGACUCCUCGAUGACGCUGGGUAGGCGGGCAGAUUGCGAUACUAACUAUAACGGCCAGGAACGAAUCCAGGACAUAGGAUCACACUCUCGAAGCACGUCCAUCGGGCCUCCAACGAACAGGGGGGCUAGGAACGUAUCGAUUGACCCCAGCCCCAGAUAUUUAGGAGGAAGAAACUCAACGGAGAGACUGGCGACCUGCAGGUCCGCCAGCUCCAUAUUGGCUGUGAACACUCGAUCGGAGAGCAAGGAAAGCAAAGUUAGGAGAGUGGCCAGCAGCGAUAGCAUUCCCUCCGGGGGAAGAUCUCCAGGAAGAGGUUUCGGAGCCAGCAGCAGAGAGUCCUUGGGGGUUUCGAAGAGCCCUGACUCCAGGAUGUCCAUUGUACCACUUAGGUACAUACAGUCUGCAAAGGGGACCUGGACUUAUAAUUUGUAAAUGUGCACACCGAUGGUUUGUUCACCCUUGACAUUGCGAAGAAGAUGGGUCGAAGAAUAUUGGGACCGAGCCCAAGGAGUCAACAUGUACAUCGAAAGACAAUCUCAAAUUUAGUUAGUCCCGGUGACUCAGGAGGGAACUUCAACGGACAGAAUGCUGGGACGCAUGUAAGUUUCAGUGAAUAAAAUAUAUCGGUUAGGCGUAAACGUUAAUUGGCAGUAAUUAGGACGUCCUAGGUCUAGGCUUCAAGAUGAGAAAAAAAAAAUGCGAUUGGUGUCUAUCCACGAGUUGACAAAUCAUGUGCAAUUGUUCGACGAGGUUUCGAACUUAUUAUUAUGUAUUUGAGGAUGUCUGAGAAUUCCAGGACAAAGAUGCAGAUGAGCAUGCUGCUGGGGCAAUUUGCAAAUAUUACAGGCUUCCAAAUAGGGGGCUUUCUAAUGCAAAAUUAAUCCACCAGAUUCGAGGUAUGAUUUGGCGUAGUUAGAUUCCUAUUUAAAAUCUGAAAAUAUUCCUCUUCGUUGAUUUAUAUUCUAUCUAUUUUUUGGUACCUUGAAUGUCAGAAUAGUGCGGAAUAUAAUUAGAUGUUUUGCGCAGAAUAAAUCGAUAUAUAAUGUUAAAUUAGCAGAGGUCAGACAUCAUAGGUUAGUAAAUUGAAUUCGAGGAGUUCCUCAUAAUUUCAAUUCGAAUCCGCGGAGGCUUGAUUAAAUAUCUCUCAGUUAUUUUUUAUUAAGAGCGAUAUUUUAUAGUAUGGGAGAAAUACCAAAAGUCCGAGUUUCGAGUAUAUUGACGGGCUGCCUUCGUGAGACUAUUUGAAGGAAAUAGAAAAGUGGACAUUACGACUCGAUAAUCGUGUAGGAGUGCAAUAUGUCGGAUUAAAAUGGAAGUUAUCAUGUAUAUAUGGGGUGUUUAUAAAUUUCGUUACCGCUUCGGUGUCCUUCCACGUCUCUGACUCUCUAUAGAUUUAUAAAUCUUAUAAAUAACUAGACAUAUAUAUAUUAUUAUAGGCAUGAAAUUAAUUGUAUAAAAACGAUAUUAUGGUUUAUCGUGUUUCCCGUUUGAGUUUGGAGGAGGAAGAUACGUAUACUUACGCGUGGCUACUUUCUAUUUAAUAUUUACAGUUUGUAAAGAUCUAAAGUAUGGUUGUUGAUACUAGACACGCGCCGAAGGAUCCUUUCGCGAGAAUGGAACGUAAGAGUUGCAUUUUAUUUUUUUCUUCCCCCAUUAGUACUCUAUUAUCUUUUGUUACUUAAACGAAGAGCGCAUAACUUUUGUUCGUAACGUACCGUCCGCACGAAAUAUUAGGGCUAAUUUAAUAAUCGCGAUUGUAAUUUAACGACUUAAUUUAAGAGGAAACACGAAGAAUAUAUAGUUAUAUUGUUAUUUAUUAAAAGAAGCGCGCGUUGAUCGUUCGAAGGUGAAGACGUUUUUUUUCUCUCUACGUCGAAGUCUUCUAAUGCGUCUUAGGUUCAUCGAAGAAAAAUCAUCCUACACGUGUCUCUAUAUUUUUAAUUCGAAACGUGGAAAUUUUGCCUAUAGAGUGUGAUUACUUUUCGAAGCUUCCAUCGAGUCUGGGUUACGUUGGAUCUUCUCGUACGAUUUUCCAAUCCGAAAAUCUUGUAUCUGAGAAAGUGCUAAGGUGGUUUGGGGAGGAUGGUUUUUGGCUUUUUAACUACCAAUGUUUUAACAAUAAUAAUUGUUUUGAUACCAA